AUAAUUUUUUAUAUUAAUAUUUUUAUUUAGACUGUUUGGGAAAAUGGAUCCUAUUUCUUACGUAUGACCUUCAACGAUGAUUAUCCAUCGAGUCCACCAAAAUGCAGAUUUGAGCCUCCAUUAUUCCACCCCAAUGUUUACCCCUCUGGUACUGUGUGCUUAUCACUAUUGGAUGAAAACAAAGAUUGGCGUCCAUCUAUGACUAUUAAGCGGUUAUUGGUGGAGAUACAAUAUCUUUUAAAUGAACCCAGCAUCGAAGAUCCUGCUCAGGCUGAAGCCUAUCAUAUGUAUUGCCAAAAUCCUGUAGAAUAUUUCAAUCGUGUCCGAGUACAAGCCAAAGCGAUGUCCAGAGCAUAG